AUGGAGGAAGAUGACGCCUACGGCACGGGGGGUCUCAUGGAAGACCCCGAAGACUACUAUCCACCUUCACCACCGCCUACGAAGCAGGUAUUCACCAUGCAGAGCGGAAAGCAAGUGACUUUGCAUUUGGUUGGGCACAGUCCUACAGAGGCACAUCAUCUGUGGAAUGGAGCAAAGUUCAUAUCAGAUUACUUCGAGGAAGACCCUUCUAGAGUUGAGGGCAAGUCGGUUCUAGAGCUGGGUGCAGCAGCCGGCCUGCCAUCGUUGGUUGCCGGCAUCCUGGGAGCCAAGAAGGUUGUCAUGACGGAUUUCCCGGAUCCCGAUCUGGUGGCCAACAUGCAAAAGAACAUUGAUGAAUGUAACGGAACAGUCAAGCCAGAGGGACGUAUUGAGCAAAUCAUUGAUGCCGUUGGCUUUGUCUGGGGCGGCGACCCUGAGCCACUGCUUGCCAGGCUUACACCUGCUUCUGAUACCAAGGAGCAUCAACAUCAAAAAAAUGACGAGAAAGAAACCGAAAAGGGUAAUACGUCACAGAAGGCGACGGGCGACGGGAUGCAACAACGGUUUGACGUGUUAGUCCUCGCGGAUUUGCUGUUUCGACAUGCAGAGCAUGGGGCUCUGGUCAAGACUAUCAAGGAAACUAUGCGUGCUUCACGAGAUAGCGCCGCCUACGUCUUUUUCACGUCUUACCGGCCGUGGAAGCGAGAUCUAGACAUGGGCUUCUUUGAUGUUGCUCGGAACGCGGGUCUCGAGGUGGAGCAGGUCUCGGAAAGGAAGUUGGAGAAGCCCCUCUUUGAAGGAGAUCCGGGGGAUUUGGACGUUCAAAAGACUGUCAAGGGGUUUGUAGUACGGUGGCGUGCUGAAGAUUGUAGUUGA